GGCAAGUCAACCCCAAGGACUUCACUCACUGAAUAGUUCGGCACGGAACUUCAUGGUUUAGCAGAGACCAAGCGUCGGCUCGCUCCAGAAUGUGAGUCUUAUGAUCCUAGUGGUUAUAAUUGUUGGCGGAGGUGGUAAUGGGCAGAUGCUGUCGGUACACUUUCGACAACGUCUUACCGUAUUCAAACAGAGCAUACAGUUCACUACCCCCAAAUCAACCCGUGAUGAGCUGCGAAGGCGAGUGCAGAAUAAAAUGCUGGCGCUUCCAGUGCUUCCGGAGGCCCUAUUCAGGUAUCAUAUGCAAAUAAACACAGGGCAAUCCUUCAGCAGCUACAUGGAAGGCGGUUUGAACGAGAUCGGCGUUCCCACCGUCCCAGAUUCCAACUGCGGGUCCCUCCUCGGAGCUCAAUACUGUUCCUCCACAAUCCGGCGAAGCGGCGAGUCAAGAGAUACUUUCCAAACAUCCUUCCUCCGCGAAGCCGUUAGACAGAAAUUAACAAACCUCAAAGUCUUCUCCCAUACCAUGGCAAAGAAGAUUCUCGUCGCCUCGAACAAGAAAGGCACAGGUGUUGUCGUAGAGUCAGACGCCAUUUCCUACACCUUGACAGCAAACAAAGAAACCACAGUCUGGGCAGGAACCUUCCAAUCACUUCAACUCCUCAUGGUGUCUGGAAUUGCACCCUCGGAGCAAUUGGCGAAGUACACCAUCGCAGUGGUAGUAGACCUCAUAGGCGUAGGGCAGGGACGUAAGACCAUAUCUUCUUCGGGCCCUCGUACCGCAUCGACGUAACGACAUUCACGCGUCUCGCAAGCAAUCUUCUGUACCUCGCUGCACAGCUAAUCCUUUACACAACCACGAAACCGGAUCCUCAGCAACCACUGCGCUGAGUUUCUCGGCUGGGAGAAGGAGAUUGGCUGUUGGUUGUGGAAGAACCGGCAGAUUAAUGAUCACCUGGAGUUGAAGCAGUUGUUUGAAGGGAGUCUGGAGGC